CGGAUUUAGUCAGUGUUAACGUAACAUCACCAUAUGUUUUCACUGAAGGGGAGAUAAUGUCAAUAGAAUGUACAGCGGACUGUUAUCCUGGGUGUCGCUAUACAUGGAUGAAUGUUACAAGUGGGAAAGUAAUAAAUUCUACUGACGAUACAUUAUAUAUUGAAUCAGUCGACAAGUAUAUGAUAGGAGAUUACCAAUGCAAAGCUGAAAAUACCGACUCCUGGUAUUCCAAAUCUGCUGAUGUUAUUGUCAGUGUCAAUAUAAAAGAUUUACAUAAUAUUAGUUCGGAAGUCAGCCAAGAAGAAUGUGAUUGUGGUAGUAUAGUGGCGAUUGCUAUAGUCUGUGGAGGUCUCACUGUUAUUGUAACAACUUAUGCUGCAUCAAUUACUAUAAUAUGGAAACGAAAUGUCUCAAUCAAUAAGAAAAGAAGAACAACAGUUACAAAGAAAGACAAAGACAGUGUGGUCGGCUCAACUCAACAACAACACUAUGCCAAUGUGGCGUACACAACAAAUGACCAGGACAUACAAGGACAAGGUUUUGGUGAAGACGACUCAAGCAAGACACAAUAUACAGCUCUGGAUGACUUUUCUCGUGAAAAGAGAGACAAUUUGUAUGACGCAAUUAAAAAAGAUUAAAAUACAAACAAGAUGAAUGUUUCAUUCUCUCAUGCAUAAAUAGAGAUGAUGUUUAAAUGAUACUCUGAUGCUUUUGGAAUGAGACAGCUAUUUCUACUAUUGUUUUAAGAUGUGAACAAACGGGAAAUUUAUUCGUUUUAGGAAAUCUUAAGGUACAAUUCGAUACCUCAUAUUUGUAAUCAUUAGCAUUUGAUUAUUAUUUGCUAAAACCAUUCACUGGUAAUGACCAACCUCGACACGUAAUCUUAUAACUAUAGGCUAAAGUGUUUUUUAGUAACUUGUUGAAAAAUCUUAAAGUGGUAAAGAACAAAUAAUCUUAUGACCAUACCACGAGUAUUAUAAUUUGAAAAUCUGUUUAG